GGGGGCGUGGCCUCCCACGACCCCAGAACUAGGCGCUGGCUCCGGCGGAAGUCCCGCGGAGGUCGAGUGUAAAGCAGCCGGAGGCACUUCCGGGAUCGUCCAAGGCCGUUGCCAUGGAGCCUGCGGGACCGUGUGGCCAGUGUCCCCCCGGCGAGGCGAAGCCGGCGCGCUACACCUGCCCCCGCUGCAAUGUGCCCUACUGCUCGCUGGCCUGCUACCGGGCUCACGGGGCGUGUGCCGAGGCCUUCUACCGAGACCAGGUGCUGGGCGAACUCCGCGGCCGCACCGCCUCUCCCAGUCGCUUGGCGGGUGCCCUGCGCCGGCUGCGAGAGCAGCGCGAGGCCGAAGCGUCGGAGGAGCACCAGGAGGAGCACCAGGGCCUGGGCGGCCUGUGGGAGCGGUUGCAGCCCGCCGAAAAAGCAGCCUUUGAGCGACUCUUGAGCCGAGGAGAGGCCGGAAGGUUGCUCCCGCCCUGGCGGCCAUGGUGGUGGCGCGGCGGGGCUCGGACGCCGCUGCUGGAGGAGCUGCACGAGGACGGCACCUCGGGGCCCGCGUCUGUACCUGAGCCUGCCCAGGGUGAGCCAGAGCCUGUGGCCGAGCCGCCGCCCGUGCCAGCCACCAUCCCCGCCCUGGCGCGUCUAAGCGGCGGCCGCACGCCUUCGCCCCUGCUGCGCUUUCAGCUGCCUAACGUGCUCUUCGCCUACGCGCAUGCGCAGGCCCUCUAUCACGGUGGCCUGGAUGACGACCCGGAGCUGCUACUAGACCUGUGCUCCACCGUGCUGGGCGUGGCUGGUGCCCUCAGCGCCCACCACACCUUCCGCUCCACUCGGGAGGCUCUGCAUGCAGCUGCGCAUGCACUGAGGGCGGGUGCGCACCCACCUGGGCCCCUGGGCACCCGGGGCUCCAUGCGUGAGGCCGCCCGACUCCUGCUGGGCGAGAGCCCGCAGCCCGGCCUGCAGAAGGGCUACACGCUGGCUGCGCUGGGGCACCUGGCGCGUGCGUUUGGGCAAGCGCGCAACCUCAUACCUGCCGGCCAGCUUCGGGAACGCCUCUACCGUGCCCGCAAGAAGUGCCAGUACUUGCUGUCCUGGACCAACGAGCACGAGGAGGAACUUAUGUCUCUGGCCCUGGACUGUGCGCAGGAGUACCGGGCCGAGGAGGAGGAGGCUGGCCAGGUGGAAGCCCUGAGUGGGGAGCUGGAACGCUUGUGGGGAGGGUCGCGCCCCCCAGCCCCGAAGACCCUGAUCCAGGAGCUGGCCUGAGGGAAACCCGCCAGGCUUUGCCCCAAUAAAGCCAGCUUGAGACUGACCCUGGCCUCCCGGGUUGUGUGUGUGUCGGGGGGCAAAGGGGGUCUGUGUGACGGAAUGACCAUCAGGCUGAGGACAGGUUCUACCAUCAGAGCUCUAUUCCGGGUGCCCACCUGCAUGCCUCCUUCCCCCCUCUCGUAGUCAUUGGAGAGUAUGUCCAGCCAUCCAAGGGGACUGAAGUGGAAGAGGAAGUGCCGUCUGCACCUCGACUUGGAGCCACAACCACUUGAUCAGUCUAGGGAGGAAAGCUCCAACGAUGGGGGGCUGAGGGCAGGGCCCCCCAGCCCUGGUCCUGUUCCCUCAUCGGUUGGCCAUGGCCAGCCAGGCUGGCUCAGUAGAUGUAGGGCACUAUGCGGUAAGGCACUCUCCUGCAGUAUUCCCGCCAAGCCAGGCCAUACUUCUGGAGGCACUGGCGCUCAUCGCGGUACUCUCGGUGCACCAGUAGGAUGACAAAGUAGAAAAAGUAGAAGUAGGGAAGGAGGUGUGUCACCCCUGCCAGAGAAGAGGGUACAGGUUCAACUUGUGGACAAGGUCAUCGUUGAACUCUCCUGUCCAGCUCCCUUCCCCAGGGAGUAGAUUGUCUCCACCCUGUGUGUCCAUUUUACUCUUCCCCCAGGCCACCCAACCUUUCUUCCCAUCAUAGCCAACUCACCACAGGGCAGGGACCAGGCCAGAGCCAUGAUGAGGUCUCCAAGAUAGUUUGGAUGGCGGACCAGGCCCCACCACCCUGACACCAGCAAGUGCCGCCCUGUCGCCGUGGGGAUGGUCUCAAGCCCUGGAGAUGAUGGCAACCAAUGGUGAAAAGGGCAGAAAGGCCAUCCUGCCCUGGCACACUCCUCAUGCCCCUGGCCCCUGCUCACCAGCCACACUGGGGUCAGAAGGGUUCCUCCGGAAGGUGUUCUUCUGGGAGUUGGCCCCACGAAAGAUAACGUAGCCGAUCACUAUGGAGAAGGAAAGAAAGGCCAGGUUGUAAUGCAGAAGAGGAAUCUCCUGGCUCUAGGUCUGGCUCUCCACCAUCUUGUCACCUAUUCCAUGCCUCCUCCCCAACCCCAACUACACUUCAGGAUGGCAGAGCUGGGAAAAGCUCUCGCCAUUUUCCAAGUGUUCAUUGAAUCGAGGCCCAGAGGAAGUCACUUGCCCAAGGCCCCACUGUUAGGAGAACCAGCUCUGCCAAUCCCCCUAGCCCCUUCCCCACGAACUAACCUUUUAGCAGACAGAUGGCCCCAGCCACAGGCAGGUCCAGGGCCUGGGGAUGGUUCAGAAGGAACUGGGCUUGCAGACUGUAGAUGAAGGGGACCCAGACCAAGUCCCCAAAAGCCAGCAUGAAGCCAAAGCCAUCAUGGAUGAUGUCUAUGGUGGUAAGAACUGCCUCCUGUUCCGAGUGGUAACCAGAGCCUGAGCAAACAGUGCCCCUCCUCACAGCCCACCCCCUUCCCCACUGUCUCCCACCUACCUCCCCUGGUUGUGAGUGAAUUGAGGUAAAGUGUGUAAGGCCCAGUGUAGGUGCUUCGUGCAUGCUAACUGGUGUUACUAUCGGAUUAUUUCUGCCCUUGUCUCCAUUGUCCUCACCUCGUACCAGAGAGCAUCAGCCACGUAGAUAAACUGGAAAGCACUGACCAGCCCCAUGGCCAGGGAAGGCCACCCCCUCUGGCGCUCAGCCUCCCGCAGCAGCAGAGCCAGGUUAAUCAAGGCCUAAACAGAGAAGCGGCAGGCCCAGCUUGGGCUGAAGCUGUCCUAGUCAGCCCCCACUUCUGCGGACCCUGCUAGGACAGACAACCUGGGCAGAAUCUGAGGACAUCAGGAAAGAAUCUAGCAUCCAAGAUCCCGAGUCAGGAAGGCCUGAGUUCAGAUCUGGCCUCCCUCCGACAUGAGCUGGGCAAGUCAAGCAACUUCUGUCUGCCUCAGUUCCCUCAAUUGUAAAAUAAAGAUAAUAACAGCAUCAACCUC